UGACCAGGAAGGCCCUGGUGUUCUCUUGCCCCUGCACCCUUCAGCUCUGAGGAUGAGGGAGAGGGCCACGAGCAACUGGAGCCCGGGGGCCUGGCUGCUAGCGCUGUGCCUGGCCUGGCUGUGGACCCGCCUGGCCUCAGCUUCUUUGCAGCCUCCAAGUGCCACAGUCCUUGUGAAGCAGGGCACCUGUGAGGUGAUCGCCGCUCACCGCUGCUGUAACCGGAACCGCAUCGAGGAACGCUCCCAGACUGUCAAAUGCUCUUGCUUUUCUGGUCAGGUGGCUGGCACUACCCGGGCAAAGCCUUCUUGUGUGGACGCCUCCAUAGUCCUGCAGAAGUGGUGGUGUAAAAUGGAGCCCUGCCUGCAGGGGGAGGAGUGUAAGGUGCUCCCGGACCUGUCCGGAUGGAGCUGUAGCGCCGGACAGAGAGUGAAAACCACCAAGGUAACACGGUAAUUCUUGGGGGUCAUGGCUUGGGCAGGACCAUCUUGAUUGAGCCCUGGGCUGAAGAAUGGUAUCUGGUCAUCAGCCAGCUAAUACGGGGACUCACCUACCUGGACAUGUGCCCCAAGCCAAAUGCAACAUCUGCCCUUCCAGGGCCAGUUCUGUCAUGUUGCUUGGCAGAUGUGGAUGGAUUUGCAACUACAUGUCUAGAGAGCUGUGCUCUCCUGGGGACACAAUUUGCUUAUGAAAUAUUGAGUCAUUUGGACAGUGGGUAACAAAAAUUUAGCUAAAGUGUGCUAUAUGGCCUCUGAGCUACGUUCUAAGGGCACAGUGACCUUGAUGAGAUUCCCAUAGCUCCUCAGCCACCCCCGCUGGUCACAAAACACAAAGAGAUCACAUUCAAUACCUCCCUCUCCCGUCCUUCCAUGAGUCCUAACAUCCCUGCAAGCGGCAAGUAUGUUGAAAGAAAACUGUCCCGUGAUAUCAGGCCAGCAGACGCUCAUUUGGACGGACUGAUGUGGGAGACAAAAGCAGAGAUGAAGCUGAGCUCCAGAAUGACGUCUGCAGGGGAAUGGCACGGCUUGUGCCAUUCGUCGGUGGUGACAUGGACAGGUCUUUAGAAUCACUGCUACCAUAACACCUUUAAUAGAUAAGGGAUCCAAGUCAUAGUGUAAUGAGGUGAUUGGUCCAAGUGCUCACUGCCUCGGUUUAUUCCCAAUUCCAACCUGGCUUCCAGGUUCAUUUUCUCUCAAGUACUGGACACUGCGAAGAACUGGCAAGACCGCAGCAUCUUCCUUGGGAGACACGAGAGCUGGGGUUUUGGCCGAGGUCACUGCUCCAUCUGAAGCAAUCCAGAAUCUAUACACACCACCCCACAUUCCAAACAGACCCAUGACAGCCCAGAGAUGGCUCAGCCAGGUUGAGGCUAUGACUCUCUGUGCUAUCAUCCUAUGCCUUCCUUCAGAGGCCCUGCUGGGUGGGAAAGGAGCCAGCGAAGCUUCUGCCCGGGGUCGAGGGUCCACACAGUCAGCUUCCAUGCAUCCAGGAUGGCUUGGGCCUGGGGUUGCUGGCUUUACCAGGCACUGAGGAAGGGGACUGUCCUGAGAGAUGGAUUUGAAUGAUGUGGAGGGAAUCUUGGAGAGGCGAGUGUGGGUCUGAGGCUCAGUUCCCCUCUCUAUGAAGACUGACAUUUCCCCUUUCUCACUCCAGUGUGUAUUUUUUGGUUUUAUGCUAAUGGGGUGAACGGUAAUGUCAACUUCCCAGGAAACUGUAAAUAUCAUAACUCUGCCCCUUACAAUCUCUGCCUAUGGUGAGGGCCAUGAGGUGGGGUAGGAAAGGAGAUGUCAAAGGCUGUCAUGGUCUCCAAUGCUCAAUUGUGGAAGCUGGAGGAUAGAUGAAGGGAUUGCCAAACUUUUUCUGGAAGAGCCAGAUACUGAUUAUUUUAUGCUUUGCAUAGUCCCUGUGGCAUACUCCUCUUUGCUUUCAUUGUUUCAUCUCAUUU